GCUGCUCUUUCUCUUCCGUGUACAAUCCUUUCUGGCCCAGUAAAGCAGUUACAGUGUUGUUUGGGAAAACAUGGCUACUGCCGGAGAUUCGAGAGUAGAGCUUCAGAAGGAAUUAGUCUGUUCUAUUUGCCUCGAUUACUUCGACGACCCCGUCAUUUUAAAAUGCGGCCACAAUUUCUGCCGCAUGUGCAUUUUGAUGCAUUGGGAGGAAAAUGGAGGCGAUGAUGUGGGUUACCAGUGUCCGGAGUGCAGGAUGGUGUUCGCGAAAAUGAGUUUCACCAAAAACUACCUGGUAAAGAACUUGGUGGAUAAACUGAGCGACUUCGACUAUCUGAAGACGUGUAGGCCCUCAGCACCCGCGAAACCCGUGAAGAUGGACGGGAAAUGUGAGCGACACCACGAGGAGCUCAAACUGUACUGCCACACGGACAGGAAGCCCAUCUGCGUGGUGUGUCGCGAGUCCAGAGCCCACAGACACCAUGAUGUUGCUCCUGUACCCGAGGUUGUUGAAGACAUGAAGAGUGAGCUGAAGCUGAGACUCAUCAAGCUGAAUUGGCAGAAGUCCAUGUGUACGAGAGUAAAGAGCACAGACGAGCAGGCCAAAACUGAUGUCAAGCUUAAAAAACAAGCCUUGAAGGAGAAGAUCGAAGAUGAUGUCGGUGCUCUGGUUCAGUUUUUGUUGGAUGAGAAGGAUGAUCUGCUGGAAAGGCUGGAGGUCGAAGCGGAGGCCACUAUCGGGCUGAUCGAUGCCAACCUGAAGCGUGUGGAGAGCGAGGCAGCCAAAGUGGACAAAGCCAUCACUGAAAUUCAGAAUCAGCUAAGUGACAGCGCUAACUUUGAGAGUAUCAGUAAUUCAUACUUAAGCUCCUCUCAUGUAAACCUCGGCGUCCAGGCCUCUAACUCUCCUCCAGAUUUCUCGGAGUUCACAGGCCCAUUUCAGCUCAUCAUGUGGAAGAAGAUGAUGCAUGUGUUACACACAAUGCCUCAGAACCUGACUCUGGAUUUAGACACCGCUCACCCCUCAUUGGCCAUCAGCGACUUUGACACAAAGGUGGAGGAGGGCCGGGUGCGCUCCCAGGAGCCCGACAUGCCGCAGCGUUUCACCCGUUUCUUCGGGGUGCUCGCUACUGCCCAGUAUUCCAGCGGACAACACUACUGGGAGGUGGACGUGCGGGACAAGGGGGUCUGGUAUCUGGGCGUCACCACCGAGUACAGCAACCGUAAAGGUUUUGUAAACCUAUCGCCCUCUGCUGGCUACUGGAGCCUGUGUCUCCAAGACCGACUGUACGCCAACGAGGAAGACUCGCGCGUGCCUGUGGCAGACUAUUGGAACUCUCCUCGUGUCGGUGUCUUCUUAGAUUACGACCGGGGGCAUGUUACGUUCUUCGACGCUGUCACAAUGAAACGCAUCUAUAACUUUGUCACGUACUUUGACGAGCCUGUCUCACCCUUCUUCAGCCCAGGAAAAAACGACCCGGGCAGCCGACUACAGAUAUGUCAUUUCUACUGAAAACGAAGUGAUGCGUAUGUGCAGUUUGCAACAAAGAAAACAAAUCAUGAUAUGCUCCUGUUUUUGUGUUUUAGUAAACAUUUCAGGGCAUUUUCCCUCCUGGAAGUCAGGAGGAUGUUUGUUCCUAAGCUCUGCUGGGUUUUUCGGAUUCAGUUGAUCUGAAUUUACUAGUUGCGUAGAGCUUUGAUACACCAUAAUCUGAAGAAGUGAAUUGAAUUCCUCUUGCUCUUGAAUUAUGAUGUAGCCCCACUGAUUCAGGUAGAGAGGUAUUGCAGGUUUUUACGCACAUGUCGACUUUAGCUGCUCUGUGUCGUCUUAUGUCUUAGACCUCAGUGUUGUCUUUUGUACAUCAGUGUAGAGGUGAGAAUAAGGAUUGAAUGGAUUAAUGGUUGAUAACAUUUCAAAUUGAAAAAUUAGUCAAAUGUUUAGAAUUUUUAUUUUAUUAACUGCUCUGUAUUCCAUUAUAUGGCAUAUU